GUGUCGGCGGGAGCCGUUGCACGUGCUCUUGGCGGGCUGUUGAGGCGGAGCUGAGGCGGGAGAAGGAGCUUCGUGGCGCUGCUUCCUCGCGCGCCAGCCCCUAGGUACGGCUGCACGAGGGCCGCGAUGGGUGACGAGGAGGAUUGGGAUAAUGAAAUCACGGAUAACGUCGGUGGCGACAGAGGAGCCUUGCCCGCUUUCCAGCCCAACUUCCAGACUCUGGGCAACUUACCUGCAAGAGCGAAUGAAACCUCAGGUGUCUUCAGUCAAAGUGGAAAGCGGGGAGGUGUUGGUGGAAAACAGAAUGGAGAAGAAAAACCAACUGGUGGAUUUGGAAGCAGAGGCAGUUUUGGAAACCGAGGUGCACCAGGAAAUAGAUUUGAAGAAAGAAAAAGUCCAGGUUUUGGGAGAGAAGUUGAUGAUAAUGAAGACAGCCAGGCAGAAUCAGUAUUCUCAAGGAGAGGAGGAAUGAUUAAUGGCAGUGAUGCACGUAGGGGUGGAAGAGGGUCAACAAGAGGAGGACAUGGGCUAUUUACAAAUAAUGAAUGUGAGAUGCAAGAUGGAAGACAGCGUUCUGGUUUCUUUGGCUCAAAAAGAGGGAAGUUUGGUGCUCCUUCAGGUGAUUCUGAAAAUAGAAGAGGAAUAGGAUUUAGAGACAGAGGGGGUUACAAGGGGAGCAACGAAGAAGUAAUUGGAGGUGCUGGGAAAAGUAUGUGGAAAUCGGAUGGUGAUGGAGAAGGGGGUGACUCUCUAGGUCCAAAGGUGACAUAUGUGCCGCCGCCGCCACCAGACAGUGAAGAUGCUAUCUUUGCACAUUAUCAGACAGGAAUAAACUUUGACAAAUACGAUAACAUUCUUGUGGAAGUGUCCGGACGUGAUUGCCCAGCCGCAAUUCUGACCUUUGAAGAAGCUGGUCUCUGUCAAACAUUAAUGAAGAAUAUUGCGAAAGCUGGAUAUUCUAAACUUACCCCUGUGCAGAAGCAUAGCAUUCCUAUUGUGCUGGCAGAACGUGAUUUAAUGGCAUGUGCCCAAACAGGAUCUGGGAAGACAGCAGCUUUUCUAAUACCAAUUUUGGCUCAAAUGAUGCGAGAUGGAAUUUCUGCCACUCAGUUUAAAGAGCAGCAAGAACCAGAAUGUAUAAUAGUAGCUCCAACAAGAGAACUUGUCAAUCAGAUCUUCCUUGAAUCAAGAAAAUUUGCAUAUGGAACUUGUAUAAGGCCAGUUGUGGUUUAUGGAGGGACGCAGACAAUUCAUUCAAUUCGUCAGGUAAUGCAAGGCUGUAAUAUAUUAUGUGCUACUCCUGGAAGGCUUCUGGAUAUCAUAGGCAGAGAAAAGAUUGGGUUGAGCAACGUAAGAUACUUGGUUUUAGAUGAAGCGGAUCGUAUGCUGGAUAUGGGAUUUGGGACAGAGAUGAAUGCCACUUUCCCUGAAGAAAUUCAGAGGCUGGCUGGAGAAUUUUUGAAGAUGGACUAUCUUUUUGUUGUUGUUGGACAAGUGGGAGGAGCCUGCAGUGAUGUUCAGCAGACUAUAGUUCAUGUUAGUCAGUAUGACAAGAGAGACAAACUUGUUGACAUUCUCAACAGCAUAGGUGAUAAACGGACAAUGGUGUUUGUGGAAACUAAGAAAAAGGCAGAUUUCUUUGCAACCCUUCUUUGUCAAGAAAACAUAAAAACAACAAGUAUUCAUGGUGAUCGGGAGCAGAGAGAACGAGAAGAAGCUCUUCAUGAUUUUCGUUCUGGAAAAUGUCCUGUUCUUGUUGCAACAUCAGUGGCAGCAAGAGGUCUGGAUAUUGAGAAUGUUCAUCAUGUUAUAAAUGUCGAUCUUCCUUCCACAAUAGAUGAAUAUGUUCACAGGAUUGGGCGAACUGGACGCUGUGGUAACAUAGGCAAAGCAAUUUCUUUCUUUGAUCCUCAUACUGACAGCAGUAUUGCACAGCCCCUAAUCAAAGUGCUUGUGGAUGCUCAACAGGAAGUCCCAUCAUGGCUAGAAGAAAUAGCAUGCGGCUCCUGUCCAGUUGGAUUUAGCAAUACAAGGGGAAAUACAUUUGCGUCUGUUGAUUCUAGAAAGUUUACACAGGGUUUCCAUAGCAAAGAAGAUCAGCACAGUAGAGGAUUUGUUGCAUCAAAUACAAGUGCGGCCAAUGAGUUGUGGGAUUGACUACCUACAGUGUUGGAACAGAGUUCUUAAUUUAUCAUGGUAAAUUUUCCAAGCACAGUAGUUAUGCAACAAGCUGUCUGAAUCCUAAACACAUUUAUUAAGUCCCAUUUAUUUCAGUGGCACUUACUUCCAACUAAAGUAUGUAUAAGGUUGUGGUCUUGAAAUGUUGAAGAAAUUGUUGAUAUUAUU